CGCUCUCUUUCUUUGCCGCUCUCCCCUUCCCUUCCAGCAACCUUCGCUCCUCCCCUUCAAGGUGUACGCGUGCGCGGAACGGAAGAGACGGAUUUCCGGUUAUAACCGGUUCACGUUCCCCUCGGUCUGUCCGGCUAAGUCUUGUCAGUGGCGGCCGGUAGCCGCAUGAGCAAAACGUCCAACCAUGGUUCUCUCAAAUUCAAACAAGACGACUGGACUUCAGAAAAAGACUGCCUUCAUCAGGAAUAUUUGUAUCCUAGCCCAUGUAGACCAUGGCAAGACAACCUUAGCUGACUGUCUUAUUUCUAACAAUGGAAUAAUCUCUAGCAGAUUAGCAGGCAAGCUGAGGUAUUUGGAUAGCCGAGAAGAUGAGCAGAUUCGAGGAAUUACAAUGAAAUCAAGUGCAAUUUCAUUGCAUUUUGGAAAAGAUGAUCAGGAAUAUCUCAUCAAUCUAAUAGACUCCCCUGGCCAUGUGGACUUCUCUUCAGAAGUGUCCACAGCUGUCAGACUCUGUGAUGGCUGCAUCAUUGUGGUAGAUGCUGUGGAAGGAGUCUGCUCACAGACUCAUGCAGUUUUGCGACAGGCUUGGCUAGAAAACAUUCGUCCAGUCCUGGUGAUUAAUAAAAUAGAUCGUCUUAUAACAGAACUCAAGUUUACCCCUCAGGAAGCAUAUUCUCAUCUUAAGAAUAUCUUGGAACAGGUGAAUGCAAUUACUGCAACUCUCUUCACUUCCAAAGUCCUGGAAGAAAGGGCGGAGAAAGAAAUGGAAACUCAGUUGACUUCUGAUUCUUCUCAUGGCGAUCAAGUUUAUGACUGGAGUGCAGGCUUGGAAUAUACUGAUGAUUCCCAUCUUUACUUUUCACCAGAUCAGGGAAACGUGGUGUUUGCUAGUGCAAUUGAUGGCUGGGGCUUUGGCAUUGAGCAUUUUGCUCAACUGUAUAGCCAGAAGAUUGGAAUCAAAUCUUCAGUCCUGUUGAAGACCCUGUGGGGAGAUUAUUAUCUCAAUACCAAAACAAAGAAGAUCAUGAAAAGUGACCAGUUGAAAGGAAAGAAGCCUUUGUUUGUGCAACUCGUGCUGGAAAACAUAUGGAGCCUCUAUGAAGCAGUUAUGAAAAGAGACAAGGAGAAAAUUGAUAAAAUAGUCUCUUCUCUGGGAUUGAAAAUUGGUGCUCGUGAAUUGCGCCACACCGACCCGAAGGUUCAGCUUAAUGCCAUUUGCAGUCAGUGGCUACCAAUAUCGGAGGCAGUUCUCUCCAUGGUCUGUAAUAAACUCCCUAGUCCUCUUGAUAUCACAGCUGAGAGAGCAGAGAAGUUGAUGUGUGUUGGAGCUAAAACAUUUGAUUCUCUACCACAAGAAACCCAAGACCUGAAAGAUGCGUUUAUGAAAUGCAGCAGUGAAGAAACUGCCCCAGUCAUUGUCUUUGUUUCCAAAAUGUUUGCAGUUGAUGCUAAGACAUUGCCACAGAACAAGCCAAGGCCUCUGUCGCAAGAAGAAAUAGCCCAAAGACGUGAUCUUGUAAGGCAGCGGCAUGCCGAGAAGUUGGCAGCGAGUCAAGGGCACGAGUUGGUGCAAGAGACAAUUGUAGGAAAACUGACGGACCAAGCUCUAAAUAAAGGCGAUGAUCAGCCACCUACAAGUCAAAUGGAGGCUAUGACCCUGGCAGCUGUGAAACAGGAAGAUGAAAACAAGGAGGCUUUUAUUGCUUUUGCAAGGGUGUUUAGUGGAGUUGUGAGAAAGGGACAAAAGCUCUUUGUUCUUGGACCAAAAUAUGAUCCUGCUGAAUCAUUGCACAAGCUUCCUUCGGGGUGUUCUGCUGCUGAUAACCCACCUUCAGUGCCUCAUUUAGCCUGCUGCACUAUAGAAGGUCUCUACUUAUUGAUGGGAAGAGGACUAGAGGAACUACAAGAGGUGCCUUCGGGGAACGUGCUAGGAAUAGGAGGAUUGCAAGAAUUUGUGCUGAAGUCAGCAACGCUGUCCUCGUCACCGGCUUGCCCGCCGUUUAACCCGCUCAGCUUUGAAGCAAUACCAAUCGUACGAGUUGCCGUUGAGCCGAAACACCCAAGUGAGAUGCCUCAGUUGGUGAAAGGCAUGAAGCUUUUAAACCAAGCUGAUCCGUGUGUACAAGUUUUAAUCCAGGAGACAGGAGAGCACGUGUUAAUUACAGCAGGAGAAGUCCAUCUUCAGCGCUGUUUGGAUGACUUGAAAGAGAGGUUUGCCAAGAUAGAAAUUAGCGUGUCGAAACCAAUUAUUCCAUUCCGGGAAACCAUUACGAGACCCCCCAAAGUUGAUAUGGUGAAUGAAGAAAUAGGAAAGCAGCAGAAAGUUGCCGUCAUCCACCAGAGUAAGGAGGAGCAGAAUAAAGUCCCUGAAGGUGUGCAGGUUGAUUCAGACGGGCUGAUAACGAUAACGACGCCAAACAAGUAUGCCACGCUCAGCAUCAGAGCAACACCGCUUCCAGAGGAGGUAACUCAGCUACUUGAGAACAACAGCAGCUUAAUUCGAACCAUAGAACAGUUCGCCUCUUAUAUGAGCGAAGGCAAGAAAACGGAGGAUAUGAAUCAGAAGACCCUGGACCAGAUACAGGAAUUCAAAGAAAGACUAGAGCAAAACCUGCAGGGUAGGAAAUGGAGAAAUGCCGUUGAUGGGAUAUGGUCCUUCGGCCCCCGAAAAUGCGGGCCUAACAUUUUACUGAACAGAUGUGAAGGCUACAAGAGGUCUGUGUGGCAGUGCCUGGAAGGAAGCAAGCCGGCGAAGGAAGCGAGUCUAUAUCGGGAUUUUGACAACAGCAUUGUGAGCGGCUUCCAGCUGGCUACACUUUCAGGACCGAUGUGUGAAGAGCCACUUAUGGGCGUCUGCUUUUCAGUGGAGAAAUGGGACAUGAGCAGAUUUGCCGAGCAAAUGUCGGUUAAUGGGCAGACUUUGGAUGAAAGGAAAGCGACAGAAGACACAUCGGCAGAGGAGGAAACUGCCCUUGCGUUGAGGAUCAAAGAGACUGAAUCAGUUUCUGAAAGUGAACUGCAAGACAGCAAUCAGCGCAACCUCAGAUCGUCUAGCAAACGUAAAGGAGAGACUUUGCUUGCAGACUGUUACGGCCCUUUCUCUGGACAGCUGAUUGCAACCAUGAAGGAAGCAUGUCGUUACGCCAUGCAAGUAAAGCCACAGAGGCUUAUGGCUGCCAUGUACACCUGUGAAAUUAUGGCAACGGCAGAAGUAUUAGGUCGUGUAUACGCUGUCCUUUCCAAGAGAGUCGGCCGGGUCCUGCAAGAGGCGAUGAAGGAAGGGACGGAUGUGUUCAUUAUCAAGGCGGUUUUGCCAGUAGCAGAGAGCUUUGGUUUUGCUGAUGAAAUCAGGAAGAGAACAAGUGGCCUGGCCAGUCCACAGCUGGUGUUCAGUCACUGGGAGGUAAUUUCCGACGAUCCAUUCUGGGUACCAACCACGGAGGAAGAGUAUUUGCACUUUGGGGAAAAGGCUGACUCUGAGAACCAAGCCGGAAAGUACAUGAAUGCUGUAAGGAAGCGGAAGGGACUUUAUGUAGAAGAGAAAAUUGUAGAGCAUGCUGAGAAGCAAAGGACUCUCAGCAGAAACAAAUAACUGCCUCCAAUUCUGCUUUUCUGUUAAGUGCUGGUGGAUUAUCUUCUAUACGGGAGAUUAAAAAACGUCACUUUGGA